AUGGCAAGCCUCAGGCAGGGGGGUGUGUUAGUUUCACAUCCUUACAUUAAUUUCACGGGUAGGGUGAAAUGGAAUAUUUCCUGUCGUAUCAGUAAACAGAGAUGCCCCAGCUAUCUGCAAUUUCGGCCCCCAAAAUGUGAAUUUCUGAGCCAUGCCCGUAAGCAGCAGACGAGGGAUGCCAUUUCCCACAUGAAGAACUCAAGUGUCACAGUCCUUCACAGGUGGGCAGAGUCAGGCUAUCUCCCUGUGAGCCAAACAAAGGCCCAAGUGUCAGGCUGUGGGGUGGGGGACAGGCAGGGCUCCCUGAGGCAGGCCAUUAUGUUUGCCUACAGUAACAAAAGUGGCAAAAUGAUAAAGUCACAGGAGUAG